AUGCUAAUUGACAGUUCGCACAUAUCCCGGUCAGGUCCCCACUUGGUACGGCUGUUGAAAGUCAUGCACAAUUCAAGCAACAUGGAAUCCAGCAAAAUCAAGACCAGGACAAAAGUUAAAUUCAUAGUGAAACUCAGUUGGGAGAAUAGGGAAAUCAUUGACGCUCUGGAACAAAGAAUAGUCACAGGGGGUGAAAAAUGGCUCUACCAGUACGAUCCCGAGGACAAAAUUCAGUCAAAGCAGUGCCUGCCCACGGGUGGAAGUGGACCAGUCAAAGCGAAAUCUGAGCGUUCAGGAGGAAAGAGUGUGGCGCCCCCGAGCGGCCCUCCGGAGAACCUCGUUCCCAACGGCGGCGCCGCCCCGAUUCCUCUGGUCGCAGCCGGCGUGCGUUCUCCGCUGACUGUUGAACCGAUUAUUAUAGAAAAAAAAUACGACUAUUUUAUUACUCUCUCUCCUGAACAGAAGCUCCUUAUCGGGGUAGCAGCCGUCCUAUGCCUGGCCAGCUCGGCUUAUGCUUUGACCGAGGAGGAGGAGGUGCUCCAGAAGUCGCCCGAGAAAGCCAGGCUGUUCGUGGCGAGUUAUUACACUUCCACAUUUACAGCCAUAAGCACCUUUACCACAGUUGAGCCUUUCCAGUGUUUCUUUACGUCAGCCGGCGUCCAGGCCUGCACCGGUCGUAAGCUUCGGCGCAUGCGCAAACUCUCCGUUGACAUCGAUGGCUCGAGCGACAGCGGCCUUGCUCCGAGCGAGGGCGGAGUUAGCGCUAUGCAGUCCGAGGGCAAGGACAGUCCCGCCGAAAAGUUCUUCUUCACGGUGUGGCAGACCAACACGUCCACGGCCACAGUGACUACGACCUCAAUCAACUCUUCCAUCACGAUCUCGGCCUCCGCCUACUGCACUUUCUCCGGAUUCACAGGACCGCUUUGCUAGCUUCUCACCAGACGCACCCGAUCCCCUCUCUGCCCUAAGGACUCAGGAAAGUGGAUCGCCUGGCCUGUUCACGGCAAGCUUGGCCAUGAUUAGCCGCCGAAUUUUAAUUAUCUGGACCCUGAAGCACUGGGGACGAACAGGAUCUUGAACAAGUUCUGCUAGUUCUUAGCUUCCUAGCAUAAGUCUGCACAAAUGUAAAUGUUUUGUAAAAUAGUGUAUAUAUAUUAGAUAUUUGACCCCUCUAUUAAAGUGAUUUGACAGUA